UUAAAUCGAUGUACCUACAACGCGCGUAGCAUGAACGUAUAAAUAUAUGCAUUUCCAUAUUCUGUGUCAGCAACACAUUAAAAAUUUAAAAUAGAGAAAGUAGGGUAUAAUGGGUACAAUUAACAGUUCAAUUUUAAUCGCAAAAUCAUUAAUCUUAACGCUCUUGAUCAAUCGUUUAAAAAUCGUUCUCAACGUCCCGCCGAAUAGCGCGAUCUAACGUGACGUACAUAAAUGAUCAUACGAAGUUCUAUUAGUUGAAGCUAACAUCACAGUUCUGUGUUAUUUCCACUAGUUGUCCUCCACCGACCUCUCGAUCCCAACCACUCACUUCACUCCAAAAGUUCGUGAAACAUUUUAUAACGAAUAACCUAGAUUACAGAGAUAUACAUUAUUUUGUUUGAAACAAUCGAGCGUCUGUGGAUUACCAGUGAGUGAUCAUGGCCUCUAAGAUUUGCAAAACAUCAAGAAUAUUACAUCGGUUACAGCGAUCAUGCCGCAGAACAUAUUCUGAUGCAUCGUUUCCAAAAAUAACUACUCACUAUACUGUUGUACCAAGAGAAACUGAUCCACGAUGGAAAGAUGUCAACAUGGAAAGGUACGUCGACGAAACAGAUAUUUUGAUAGUCGGCGGUGGUCCAGCCGGGAUGUCUGCCGCAAUUCAAGCUCGGAAGUUGGCUGAAAAACAUGGAAAGGAAUUGCGAGUAACUUUGGUUGAAAAAGCGUCAACCAUUGGAGGUCACAUUCUCAGUGGUGCUUGUAUAGACCCAAUCGCGUUGAAUGAGCUCUUUCCUGAUUGGAAAGAACUUGGCGCUCCUUUGAAGACUCCUGUAACUGAGGACAAGUUUGGUUUCUUAACUGAAAAGUAUAGAGUACCAGUUCCAGUUUUCAAAGGAAUGCCCAUGUACAAUCAUGGAAAUUACGUAGUCAGACUGGGACAUGUUGUUGCGUGGCUAGGUGAGCAGGCUGAGGCAGCUGGGGUUGAAUUGUAUCCUGGUUAUGCUGCAGCUGAAAUACUUUACCACGAAGAUGGUUCUGUGAAAGGAGUUGCUACAAACGAUGUUGGUAUUGCCAAAGAUGGAUCUCCAAAAGAUACGUUCGAAAGGGGUAUGGAGCUUCAUGCAAAGUGCACAAUAUUUGCCGAAGGGUGUCAUGGGCAUCUUGCCAAACAAUUAUUCAAGCAGUUCAACCUCAGGGAAAAGUGUGAACCACAAACUUAUGGAAUCGGGCUUAAAGAGGUUUGGGAAGUUGAACCUUCUAAGCACCGACCUGGGGCAGUGGAACAUACUAUUGGCUGGCCAUUAGAUAAAAAUACUUACGGAGGUUCGUUCUUGUAUCAUUUGAACGAAGAUACUCCAUUGGUUGCUGUUGGUUUUGUAGUUGGAUUGGAUUAUACUAAUCCAUACUUGAGUCCGUUUAGAGAAUUUCAGAAAUUCAAACAUCAUCCAGCAAUUAGACCUACUUUUGAAGGUGGAAACAGAAUAGCAUACGGAGCACGAGCAUUGGUAGAAGGUGGUUUUCAGUCGAUUCCCAAACUCCAAUUUCCCGGUGGCUGUUUAGUUGGCUGUACAGCAGGCUUUUUAAAUCUUCCAAAAAUCAAGGGAACUCACAAUGCAAUGAAGAGCGGUAUGUUGGCAGCUGAAAGUGUUGUAGAAGCGAUUAUAGAUGCUGAAACAAAUACUCCGACGUCACAGGGGCUAGAACCAAAGACUUAUACAGAUAAAAUUAACAAUAGUUGGAUUUACAAAGAAUUAAAGGCUGCUCGAAACAUUAGGCCUAGUUUUCAUACACCGUUAGGGCUUUACGGUGGCGUAGCUUAUGCUGGGCUGUCGUUUUUGACCGGCGGAAGGGAACCUUGGACUUUGUCACAUGGAGAUCCAGAUCAUAAAAGACUGAAGCCUGCAGCGCAAUGUACGCCGAUUGAAUAUCCAAAACCUGAUAAUAAAGUUUCCUUCGAUCUGUUGUCAUCAGUCGCGCUUACCGGUACAAACCACGAGGCUGAUCAACCUGCACAUCUCACAUUAAAGGAUGAUACGAUACCAGUAAAGCACAAUUUAGCUCUAUAUGAUGGUCCAGAAGGCAGAUUUUGUCCAGCGGGUGUAUACGAGUAUGUUCCUCUGGAAGAUGGAUCUGGUCAGAGAUUGCAGAUCAAUGCACAAAACUGUAUACACUGUAAAACUUGUGACAUAAAGGAUCCAACACAAAACAUCAACUGGGUGGUUCCUGAGGGCGGUGGUGGUCCUGCAUAUAAUGGGAUGUAAAGGUGAACCCAAAACUGACUACAAGAAAUUCUAUUAUCUCAUAUCUCGAUAAUAGAUCUAGUUCAACGAAUCGAUCGAAAAUUCGAAAAUAUUCCGAGAGUGUAGGAAUUGUAAAAUAGAAAUGUAAUCAGAGAACAGAACAAAGGAAGCAAAGUAUCUAUAGUUGAGGUACUGUGUGCAAAACGCAAAAACACAAGUCCAAUUGCGGUAGGCACCAUGAUUAGUAAUGAGUUUCAGGAAUGCUAUUAAAGUGGAGAAAUGCAUCGUAUCAAAGUAUGGAAUGUCUUUCUAAUAUAAAGUAUUUUAAAGGGAAUGUACUGUGUAUUUCCAACUAUAAGAAAGGCAAACUGAACUGAUAUUGGAUAGAAAUUGAGCAAGUCUCAUGAGGAAGUAGUUAUAUCAGAAACUAAUCACGUGCAGAAAUUUAAACACUUUCGGUGUGUGUGACGGAGAUACGUACAAUUGACAUCACUAGUGCAUCAUGGUCACCAUAUUUUUUCGAAGACUUUCCAGAUUAAAAUCAAAGAUUUCUUAUUUUAGUGUAAAUGUGGUGUACUUCUUAUUUAAGUUGAAAUUGUUCAAUGGAACAUGUACAGACGUGUGCAGGACAGAACUACUGAGUUGUUACAAACCUUGAAAACCAACGACAUCGAAAUAACUGAAGCAAUUGUCAAGUUACUGUAAAACUUAGAGAAUUUAAAAAGUAACCUGAUGUAUAAAUUUUGGAAUUGUAAUUUAUCUAAAGAAUGGCUCGACUGUUAUCAAUUCUUGUGUCAUGGGUUACUCUGCGCUGAAUUAUAUUUAUAUAACGAUUCACGGCAGGGGUGAUUUUAUAUUUUACUAGUAUACUGAAGCUGAAUACGAAUAGUGAUCAUUCCGGAAUUUUAUGUACGUUAAAAAUUUCCUUUAUAUAAUAUACGUAAAUUCUUUCGAAGCUUUUACGUAUUGCAAAUUUGUCGAAACUCUAAUUGAACUAGAUUCAAAUUGAGUGUAUGAGAUGUCCUAGUUAUUCAAGAUUGCAAGAUCGUAUAUCAUCUUGUUUCAUUCAACAAUCAAAAUAACAGCUACAUAAAUUAGUUUACGAAAUUUUAACUUAAGCUGUGGUUGGUUUUAGAUAGUGAAAACAUUUCAAUUGUUCUCGUAAGUCUUAUUAAAAUAAAUUUUAUGGAGAUGAUCCACUUGAAGAGGCUGAAUGCACCCCAAAAAAUUAUCACCCUGCAUUCUAGUUUUUUUUUUUUUUAACGUUUUGCUAAAAGAAUACAUGGACGAUCCGUGGUAAAAUUUAUGAAGUACUGCGACCUGCAAAGCUGCUGAUACGAUCAGUACAGAAUUUCCAUUUCAAGUAACGAAAAUUUUUUAUUUUGAUCGUAUCCUGUAAUUAUUGAAGCUAUUUUCUUUACGUUACCUACAUUUAUUGUCGGUCUAAUUAAAAUUUAGGAUAACGCAACUUGAUAAAUACACUUAAUGAUGACUAAUAAACGUGGGGAAUGGGAGAAUUUUUCUGGUCUAGAAAAACUCAUGUAAAAUAACAUCCAAAUGACUGUGGUGUGAGUUCUUCCAAUCUGCACUUUGCAAACUCAAAAUGAUCAGAGACGUUUCUACGUGUACCACUUGGCAUUGGAAGAAUCUGAAGUUCGGAUACCGUCCUACUCGUGUCUAAAUUAAUUCUGCAAGCAAUUCAAUGCAAGACUGUAGAGAUAGCCUUGACUCUAAUUGUUAUAAGUCUCAUAACCUGAUACGCUGUAGUUUGGAGUUACUGAAAAAAUUGUACAUAUAUAUAUAUACAUAUAUAUAUUAUAUAUACAUAAUAUACAGAUGAUUAUAAAUUUUUAUAUGAUUGUUGAAGAUACUUUUGAAUAUAACUCAUAUACAUACCCAUGCAAGUUGAAUUCAUGAUUCUUUGAUGAAUAUGGUGAAAAUUUAGUGUUACGAUUUCAACUGCACACAUGAACCUGAAUGUAUUCAUGCGUGUAACUAAUAUUUUUGUCGAAAAUUGUGAAACAGUAGACUGUUAUCUAUCGAGGGAUAUUCUUUUCAUUUCUGUAUAAAUUGCUGUAUUGGGGUUUCCACGAAACUGUAAAUUACAUCGUCUAUUUUUCAGGUAGUUGGAACAACUUUUUCUGCUUUUUAAUCCGUGUGUACACCUGCCUGCAAUGAUUCCAGACCAGCUGAAUUUUCAGUCAAGCCAAUUGAUACAUUGGCAAUAGACUAACAAUAAAGUCAGCUAGCAGCGACGACGCCGCGUUUUCGCUCGUAUAGAGACACCAUAAUACCAUCUAAAUUAUUCGAUUCUAAUGGUUUUUCGAUUUCGAUGAAAUUUACAUGACAAAUUCGCGAAGAAGCACUUGCAGCAUUGUAAGAUCAAAGGAUAAAAAAAUGAGGGAAACCUACGGGAAAAUUGCGCGUUUUUUCCAUUCUUCCAUUUUUCAAGAUCGGGAACAUUUUCGCCAAAAAUGCAUACCUCGUCUUCGUGAUUCUGGGAGCUGAAAAGCUUUCAACUUCGAAUAUUUUUAUACGACUUUGUUUAGACCAAUUGGACAGAGAGGAUUGUAAAACAGGCUUUUCAGCUGUCGUGGAUUUAACAGCCGAGAAAAUACGACCAAAAUGUGACAAAAUUUUGUUAUUUAUUUCUCUCUAGCCAGAUUACAUAAAUCAGUCAUAACCCAACAUCAUAGUACAUAGCAUAUUGUACACCUCAGAAGUGCGUUGCGCUCUUGCACAAGUCGGAACGUACAGUAAACUUAUUAACAGUAAAGUACGAAAAUGAUUGUGUGA